UUGCCUUGUGCUUAUACGGCACUGUUAUAAACCAGUAAACACAGAAGUUGACUGGGAGUUAAGAGGGUAUUUUACUUAACAGAUCAUUAUCUGGAUAUACGCAUAAAUAAGUAAACUGUUCCAAAUAAGACUAUAUUAAGACGGAAGGAUGUCUGACUCUGAUUCUGAUGGCGAAGCUCCAAGAAAGAUUAGGAAGACUGUUCAAUAUGGAAGCAUUGAAAACAGAGUCGGUAUGUCUGGGGAAGAAGCAAUUCAGCUUGGAAUUAAAGCAGGAAAUAUUAAUAUCACCAACAUGAGUGAUACCAUGGAAAUGUCAAUUGAAGACAGAAUAAAUAAACGACAAGCAGAAAUUCUUGCUGAAUUUGAGAGAAAGAAACAGCUACGACAAAUUCAAGUUACAACAGAUGACGUAGAGGUGAGAAAACAACUUCGAGAAUUCGGCGAACCCAUAACCUUGUUUGGUGAAGGUCCUGCGGACAGGAGGGAACGUCUCCGUGAGAUCAUUGGACUCAUUGGUGAAGAUAAUUUAAAGAAAAACAAAAUUUCAGAGAAGCAAUUGUUGGCCCAGAAAGAAAAAGAAGAGCUCGCUAAGACAACGUGGUAUCACGAAGGUCCAGAAAGUCUAAAGGCAGCUAGAAUGUGGAUUGCUGACUUUUCUAUUCCAAGGGCGAAGGCAAGGUUGCAGAAAGCGAGAGAACAACAGGAGCAAUCAACAACACAAAAACAUGCAAGGGUACAAGAGAUUCACAGGCAUAUGCGAGCAGUAAACAGUGUCGGAAGUCAGAUCGGUGAUUCAAGGCCAAUAUCUUCUUGUAAAUUCAGUCCUAACUCUAAAAUACUUGCAACAACGUCAUGGAGUGGUUUGUGUAAACUGUGGUCAGUUCCUGAUUGUGAGGAAAUUAAUACUUUAAGAGGUCACAAUAUCAACGUCUGUUCUAUAGCAUUUCAUCCACAAGCUACGAUAUCAUUAGAACCAAAGACAUGUUGCAUGGCAUCAAGUUCUUCUGAUGGUGUGAUUAAAUUAUGGAAUCUUGAAUCAUCUGAACCAGUAGCAGAUAUUGAAGGACACGGGGGAAAGAAGGUUGCUAGGGUGGAGUAUCAUCCGUCAGGAAGAUUUUUAGGAACGACAUGUUACGAUAAUUCCUGGAGAUUGUGGGAUCUCGUGCAGGAAGAAGAGGUUUUACAUCAAGAGGGUCAUAGUGCUGGAGUACAUGAUAUAUCUUUCCAGGAUGAUGGAGCAUUAGCUGCAACAAGUGGUCUUGAUUCAUACGGUAGAAUCUGGGAUUUGAGAACGGGAAGAUGCAUCAUGUUUUUAGAAGGUCACUUAAAAGAAAUGUAUGCAAUAUGCUUUUCACCAAACAGUUACCAAGUUGCAACUGGAAGUGCAGAUAACACUGUAAAAGUUUGGGAUCUUCGACGAACUACAUGCGUUUACACCAUUCCUGCUCAUACAAAUUUAGUAUCAAGUUUGCAGUAUCAAAAAUCAAAUGGAGACUACCUUGUAUCAGCAUCAUAUGACUGUACUGCUAAAAUUUGGGCACAUCCUGGAUUUCUUCCGUUGAAGACAUUAGCAGGGCAUGAAAACAAAGUUAUGGGAAUGGAUAUUUCACCAGAUGGAGAAUAUAUUGCCACAAGUUCAUUUGAUAGAACGUUUAAAUUAUGGGCUAAAGAUACAGAUCUGGGAGCUUAACACAAUUCAGGCGCUAAAAAGUAUUUCGAAA